UGUUAAAAGUUGGAAUGUUUAGUUAAGAAUGAUCCAAGUUUAAAAAUUCUGCCUUUUCUAGAUUACUUUAUCAGGAUGUAGAUAUCUUAAUAAAUAAGAAUGCGCAUAACACUUUUUGUUCUAUCUUUUUUUUUUUUAACUGCCUAGAACAGUAUACUGCGUGGAAAAACUGGAUCUCAGAUGUUAAUUUAGCAUUCACUGUUGAUAUAAAAGCGUAGACUUUGGAGACAACAGAGGAACGUUCUUUAAACCUACUCCUGUCCUUCCCAUCACCAGACGCUCCUUCAGUUAUCAGUAACAUUUCACAACUCUUGAGAUUAAUCGCAGUUGCCACGUAAACAGCAUAUUGUAAUGGGACGACAGAAAUGCCACUCCUAACAGACUCCAAAACAUAGUACAAGAGGGAUAUGAGAACGCUCAGAGCAUGAAGUUUCUGGAAAAUAGUGAAGAUGGGUAACACAAUCAGGUCGAUUAUUGCUUUUAUUCCGUCUAAUAGCUGCCAGAAGUACCUUUUAGGGGAUUUGGAAGAAAUGCCUAUUGAUAAGAUGGUGGACUUGAGCAGUAUGCAGCUGAGAAGAUUUCCACUACGGGUAUGUGCUUUUACCGAGCUUGUUAAGCUGUAUCUCAGUGACAACAAUUUAAACACUCUUCCUCCCGAACUGGAGCUGCUGCAGAAACUUCAGAUUUUGGCUUUGGAUUUCAACAACUUCAAAGUCCUACCACAGGUUGUGUGUAGCUUAAAGCAACUUUACAUCCUAUAUUUGGGAAACAACAGACUAAGGGACCUUCCACCAGAACUAAGUUACCUCAAGAACUUGCAGACACUAUGGAUUGAGUGCAAUUAUUUGACACAAUUGCCCACUGUUAUUUGUGAACUGAGCCUUCUCAAGACACUUCAUGCUGGUUGCAACCCUAUCCGCCAAUUGCCCAACGAGCUUAAGAACCUGAAAGAAUUACGCAGUAUCUGGUUGUCAGGAACUCUUUUGACUGAAUUUCCACGGGUCUUGCUAGAUAUGCCUUUCUUGGAAGUUAUCGACGUUGACAGAAAUGGCAUUAGGUUUUUCCCAAGCCUGGUUCACCUGUCUAAUUUGAAGCUUGUCAUCUAUGACCACAACCCAUGUCGAAACGCUCCAAAAGUGGCAAAGGAAGUAAGGCGGGUAGGAAGAUGGUCUGAGGAGACUCCAGAACCCAAGAAAAGAUUUGAGGUAGAAACAGAACUUGAAAAGGGUGUGGACAACAAGGAGAUCCAACAUUCUGCCCCAGUGGAAACUACUGAAAACAAAGAAAAUCCAUUGGAUAUAACCACAGCAGUGAGUUAAAGUAAAGG